CACGUCUUAUUUAAACCGACGGUCACAUUAAAAUGAAAUCGAGGAGAACACUAUCAGAAUUCUCAGUAUCAUACAAACCGUUUGACUGUGAACAAGUUGGCCUGCUGUAAGAAUAACACAAUGCGCGUUGUAAUUUUGUGCGCGCUGCUGAUCGGGUGCGCGUAUGCCUACGACGAUGACGAGCAACAAGUCCAGCAGUUCGCGAAGACCGUGAAGGGUGGGCAGGGCGGCAACUGGCAGCCCUUCGGCCCUUCCUCCGCUGAUCUUGUCAAGAUAUUUCAGGAUGGCCACUACAUCAAUAUGAGACAAAACCUAACAGAAGGCGGGCCGUCCGAUAUAGAUGUGGGUGUAUGCUACAUUGAAGUUCCAACUGCAUCUUUGGUGAGAGGAGGAGGCCAAGUACCAGCUGGGAAUGGAUCGCAACCACAUCUCAGCCGGAUCCGUUCCUGCUGCAAAGGCUAUAUCAGGAACAUCCACAACUUCAGGAGAUGUGACCCGGUAUGCACCCAAGAGUGUGUUAACGCACUCUGCUCUGCCCCUGAGACGUGCACUUGCUUCCCUGACCACGUCAAGAACUUAGGUGGCUUCUGUAUCCCCACAUGUCCCAUUGGAUGUCAAAAUGGCCACUGUGCCGGUGGGGAGUGCCUCUGCAAUGAAGGAUACAAACUAGAUGCUGACAGUAAAUACUGUACUCCUCUUUGUAGAGAAAACUGCGCUGGAAUAGGAAACUGCACAGCUCCCAACACCUGUGCCUGCAAACCAGGUUACCAGUCGACUCCUGAAGGAUCUUGCAAGCCAGCGUGUAAUCAAUGCACAUUUGGGGACUGUGUCGCACCCAACGAAUGCCGUUGUCACCAAGGCUUUGCCAAGAACGCCCAAGGAAUCUGCGCGCCUCAAUGCGGGCCGGGUUUCCAGCAUACUCCUCAAGGAUGCAAACCUGUCUGCGAACAUUGCUCCAACGGCGAUUGCGUAGGACCCAACCAAUGUCGCUGUCGACAAGGCUAUGUUAAUGAGAACCAGGGACAAUGUGUACCCAAAUGUACUCCGGACUGUGGACAGAGCAGCCGCUGCGUGGCUCCAAAUGUUUGCGACCCUCCCAUUCCCAUCCCCGUGACAAUCCGGCCGAACCAACCUCAGCCUUACCAACCUAACCAACACAACUCCUACCAACCCGGCCCAUACCAACCUAACAACAACCUAUACCCUGACCAGAGCGUCCUGCCCUUGCCUGAUGGCGUGCCGCAAUGCGCCCAACCUUGCCUGAACGGCGUCUGCGUUGGAGGGAACCAAUGCAGUUGUAACCCUGGUUAUGUUUCUGAUCGAGUUAAUCCGAACAUGUGCGUACCAAAUUGUCCAGGCGGCUGCCCCAAUGGCGUCUGUUCAGCACCUAACUUCUGUAUCUGCAAUGUUGGGUACCACAAAGACCACAGUGUGAAGGGCCGCCCAACUUGCGUCAAGCGUGAGAGGAGAUCGGUUAAUGCCGCAGAUGCUAUGGAACCCGUCAUUUUACCCAUCUUUGAAAUCCCUGAAGAUUAUUAACUGUGACUACUUGAUUAUGAUAAUUAAAGAAAGAAAUAAAGAAAUCAUCAUUUAUCAUUUUAAGACGCCACAGAUACAAAUAAUUUACAAUAAUAACAUCGCAUCACAAGACAAAGAGAACACACGAAAUAAACCUAAAACUAACAAUAAGACUGUAACGAAAGACAACAACAGCAGUAACAAUUAGACGAAUA